UUUUCUUUAUUGCAAAAUCAUUAUUAUUUCAAUCUUCUGUGGAUAUUAUCAGAGAAAUUAUGCUAGAAGCAGUUUAAGCACUUUCUGAAUCCGUCAGUCAUUGUUAUCCCAACAAAUUAAAAAUAUACAUACAGAGCGGUAUCCAAUGCGAUGCUCGAUGCAAAAUGGCGUUUGAUAACGUGUAUAUUGGCUGUAUCUCUAUCCAUUUUACAUCCUUGCGAAACCUUCUUUGGAAUUUCCAUCAAAAGAGAAGAUGAUUCAAAUACUUGUUACUACGAUGGUGGCCGACACCAGUGCACAUUUUUUCUGUUUUGUGCCCUCAUUGGAGGAACAUCUGUGAGCUCUUGCCCAGGAAGCCUGCUUUCUUCAUGCUGCGUCACACAACAAGCAAACAGCGUAAGACGUUCUCCAACUAAACCACAACACAGCAGCCAUCAACCACAUUCUCUUCCUGCAGAUGUCCUCAACCAAAGGAUACUGAGUAAAGACAAAGCUGUUUGUGGACAGAGAGUAUAUAAACCUACUAGUCGUAUCGUUGGAGGAAAUGCUGCAGAAUUUGGUGAAUUUCCUUGGCAGGCUCACAUAAAAAUUACUCAGCAGCAAUGUGGAGGAGUGCUUCUAAAUCAUCAUUACGUUGUGACUGCCGCUCAUUGCGUCUACAGAGCACAUUUGCAAGAUGUCAUAGUUGUUUUAGGAGCUUAUGAUAUACAUGAUCAACGUUACCAGUUGCUACCUGCGCAGAAGUUUCGAGUCGUCGAAAAGUUACUACAUCCUAAUUUUCGCUUUUCACCAUCACACCCAGAUCGAUAUGAUGUGGCUUUAAUACGGCUUGACCGGCCAGUUAGAUACCAAGAAAAUGUUCUGCCUAUAUGUUUGCCGCCGUAUGGUUGGAAUUUCCAAGGUUGGAGAGCAAUUAUUACAGGCUGGGGAAAAACAGAUCCAGCUCUUAGUAACAGAUAUGGAACACGCCUUCUCCAGAAAGUGGAAGUUCCCAUAAUUUCAAAUAAGGAAUGCGAGAUGUGGCAUCAUUGGAAAGGUAUCAAUGUCCGAAUAUUUCCUGAAAUGAUGUGCGCAGGAUACGAAGGAGGACGCAAGGAUGCAUGUGUGGGCGAUUCCGGCGGUCCACUGAUUGUGUAUUUAGACGGAAAAUGGACAUUAGUCGGUAUCAUUUCAGCUGGAUUUGGAUGUGCACAAUGGAGACAACCUGGAAUAUAUCACAGUGUUUCUUCAACUGUUGACUGGAUUAGCAGCCACAUUAGUUGACCUGCCAGCGCCUAAGAGCAAGCAUAAUUAACCCACAUUGUUAAUUAUAAUCAAUUCAUCAUAAUAAGUUAUAUUUAUUGUUGAACGGACUCAUGUUUCAUAAAAGUAAAAUAAUGUUAUUUAUUUCCUAAGGUCUUGUUAGUAACAUUUAUACCGAUUAACAAUACAAAAAAGAGUUAAUCACAUGUCUAUGAUGACGUUACUUCCAUCAAACACUGACAAAUAUCGACUUUAAAUAUCAUUUAACAUUUUAGCUUUUUAUUUUAUAUGUUAUUACUUAAAUUUAUAAAAACUCUAUUUUAAAAUUUUAACUUUAUAUUAAAAUUUGUAAUCCUCUCUCAAACCCAACGGUCAUAGUUUCACCACCAAAAUAGACUUCUUAUUUCAGAGUGCAGUUAUACGUUUUCGUGAUGCAUAUUUUAAAGAUUUUAAUGCGAUUUUGUGAUUAUUUUUCCUUUAAACUACAGACUUUCUCUCAGUAUCUUGUGUUAAUUUGUAUUUUCGUUAUAUGAUAUUGUAAGCAACUGCCUACUUUGAGCAAAUCAAUUAAAAUCUUUCAAAAAGAGGGAAAAAACUUUUAAAUAACUUUUUUCUUUAAAAAGUAAGCUAAAGUUGUACUUUUCUGCUAGUGGAUUUAUUUUGUAUGAAGAAAAUUAUCUGCUGCGUCAUUUUCGAUAGUUUACUUUCCUGUAUUUGCUAGGUGAUGUUUACUAUAAAUAAAAGACUGAGAAACAAAUGUCAUUUUUUAUAGUAAUAUCAAAUUACUUCCAAAAUAGCACUAAAUAUUAAUUUGAAUUGAGUUUUCAUAUACUUUGAAAUGAAAUUGCUUUUUAAUGGGUGAGGAAUUUAUUUUCUUAUUUAUUUGUAUAAAAUAUGCCAUGGAUAUUUUUAUAUAAGAAAUCAAAUCUAAAUGCUUUAUGAAACAUUCCAUUUAUUUUAUGUAUAUUGGUACACACCAUAUACGCGUUGUUAAAACAGUUGUCUUUGUAACCUGCUACAGGUUUCCUUUUGUUGGUUUUAAAUAAUUGUUUUCAGCAAUGAGGGUUUUUACCAUUAUUGUGAAUUGUUAUUCAUAGUGAUUUUUCAAGACAUUUUGAUCAUUUCCUAUGUGUCCAGAAAACGUUUUGUCCUCAGAAUUUAUAAAUAGUAACCUAAAUAAAAUUAUUUUGCCAUAAGA